CUCAGAGGAGAAACCGCUGCAGCUGUAAACAUCUUUGUUAUAACAGACACAAUGGCAUGUAUGGUAGCACUGAGAGGACUCAUCCUCGUCUGCCUGCUUCAGCUGAGUGUUCAAGUGGAUGUGAACCCAGCCGUCCUUGCUAAAAUAAUUCAGUAUUUUGACAAAAAUGUUCAACCAAAGUCUGGUGCUCAGUAUGCAAUAGCGAUCAGUCUCUCAAAGGAACAGUGCACAGAUGAAACUUUUUCUAUUAAGACUGUGUUCAGCAAAGAAGAGGCUAAAAUAGUAAAAGACACAAUUAAUUGUGAUAGUCAAAUAUGUGAACUCUUUACAGACUCAAUAAAUGUAAUUGCUGCAAGGCCAGAUUUAAAAAACCCCAAUGACCAUUCUGAGUAUCGUCUGCUAUAUAAUAAGAAUAAUGGUUUUCCUGAUUCUCCUAUGGACAAACUUUUAAGAAAUGCAAAUGAAAACAGCUGUGUGGUUUUCUAUACUUUCAACUCACCAUGUGUGGAGAGGUGCAUUGAUGGUAACAAGAAUAUUUUGGAGGGCCUUUCAAACUGGAAAAAUAAGCAAAAAGAGGGAGUAAAUGUUUUUGUCUUUCGAAACAUCUGGCAUAUUGAUUUGAAAGAAGAUUUGACCCAAAAAUUCCAAAAGAUUGAUAAUAUAGUGCCCCUUUAUCGAUGUCAUGGAGCUGAACAAUUUAACUGCAUUAAAUGUGGGGAUGAUAACCAUCAGAUACAGCGUGACUGUGUGACGAAGAAAAAAAGCAAUUGCCUGUCUGUAUGUGUUAUACAACAUUUACUGAAUUACAUUUCUGGCAUGUUUUGAACUGAUUUAAAUGCUUCCAUUUGCUGAUUAAAAUGCUUAGUAAUGAUGGAUCUGGGGGUGUUUAGGGGUGUGCAGAUCUUGAUUUACCUGCAAUAUUGUGAUGAGAGGUAACUGCUG